GUACGUAGAAAAACAGAAACAAAUGCCAAAAUUGUUGCAAUCGUUUUAAAAGAGGGCAAUGAAUGGCGCCAGCGUUGGGCCAUGCCUCUCCCGGCCCCAUGUCAUACUUUUAUUUUUAAAUAGUAUAGCCGAAACGUCUAAGGAAUCUUACGGUGUAACACCGUGAGCAGGAUGGAUGGCUCGAGUCAGGAGCAACAAGCACCAGAGGAAGAGCUGUCAUGUUCCUUAUACGUAUCGAGAGCAGCAGGAAGCCAGAUUCAGGCACAACCUGACGGAGCACAAGGUGGCGAGCUUCUACGAUCUACACUUGAGGAUGCCAUCCGUGCUACUGAACCUUUUGGAGCCUGGCAAGUUUCUGAAACGUCUUGUGGCUUAAUAGCAGCUUUUGCUCGUGACGCUGAUGCUGACAAACUCCUGCAGCAUGGUGAUCUUGCCAGAAUCUUCGAAGGACCCGUUCAAGUAGCUCGAUUUUCUGCAAGAGAUUCUCGUUACAGACAGGCUGUGCUCCUGAGAGAAGUACCCUGGGCCAUACCGCUGCAGGAUUUGAGUUCUGCCCUGGCGAAGCAGGGUAUCGCUACAGGAAGUGUUGAACGUUCAAGACAAUACGUUCGCGUAGAGGUUCUUGACGCUGGCCAUUACGAGCUUUUGCUGCGUCAGGGUCUGGAUUUCUUUGGCGCGGCACGUUUCAGCGCAAUACCAGAACGUUGGUGGCGUAACGGUGCAGGCGGUGCGACCUCACUAGGGCAACCUGCAACGGGAAAUUGCAAUCUGCCAGAGACGUCGAACGUCCAACAGGGUGAUGGAGUACUGCAGUGCUACAGGUGUCAAGGUUUCUGGCACGUGGCUGCAAAUUGUCGACACCUACCACGAUGCGUCCGCUGUGGAGAGACUCAUAGUGUUGAAUUCUGUCCCAGGCCACGCAAUAAUCCUAUCUGUUGUCACUGCUCGGGCCCUCAUCAUGCUGGCUAUCGACAGUGUCCAGUCAGACUACAACUUUUAAACGCAACGCCUGUAAGCAUUACUCUGAGCACGACCCAUACAGGAGCAUCGUAUCCCAGUGGAAAAUCAAGCUCGUCCCAGAGUCAGCACUCUUUCAAACCGAGCCAUUCGUAAAAGAUUCCCCUUGAAAGUAUCAAGUCCGUGUCUCCAAGUCUUAAAGUGAUUAAGCGACACUUUUGUCUAUAAUAUAUUCAAUAACUUUAGCAACUACAAUAUCCCACAGAGAAGCAUUCACAUAUAACUACGCGUAAAUCAAGGGUAAUGAAUCCAUACAGAAAAUAUAGAUCCUGCAAAUUCGCAAUAAUCUUCAUGAAAGCGUGUAUCUGUGCCAGCUAUAUUUUUCCAGCAAAAUAUACAUGAGAUAUACGAUUAUUAUUA